CACAGUUUGUGUUUGAUAGACUGCUGUAGAAACAUGGCGGAAUUUUCAAAUGGAUCACCCACAGCUGUGGUUUGGAAUACACCGAAGACUUUAACAAGGAGUGAACGGAAAAUACUGAAGUGGGAUCAAAAUGCCACAGGUCGUGGCAUCAGAAAGAUAGCAGAACAUGGCUUACAAUGCUAUCUUUCGCCAGUAGACAGAAUAAGGAUAGGGAAAUAUGAAAGAGCUGAAGCACUUGGAUGGACUGGAUGGAAAAACUCUUCUUUUGAAUGCAACCAGAGCUUUCCACGUAUAAGUAAGCCGCGUAUAAUCAGGGACGAGAUCAAUCUUGACACUCCACUAAGGAAAAAAAUGGAGCGCAUCAGAGGAGAUGGACUGAACACGUGCAGCUUCUCAGCUGGGAGAUGCCGUGGAUCAUUUUCAAUGAGCCGUUUUCCAGAGUCAAGUGGAGCAAAGCUGGCCCAACCUGUCAGUGAUGCUGCGUGCAACACACGACCUUUGCAAGGCAUAAGUGAUUCAGCAUGGUCAUUUAGCAGUAGCUUCAUCAGUGCUGUAGGAGGUGUUAGCACUAGUUAUCCCAUUGCACCCAUGAAUCCAAAUAAAGCUGUUUUCACAAUCGACAUGAAAACAUCACAGAUUCUUGUUGUAAAUGGUGUUGCUUGCAAUCUUCUGGGAUAUAAUCCUGAUGAACUGUGUCAGGUUAAAUUAACACAGCUCUUGUGUGGGCGACACAAAAAUCACGUCACUGCAUUAGCAGAAGAACAGCUGGAGUUGAAGGACGGGAAUAUGGUGUUUUUGAGUGGGAAAGUUGUUGAAAUGGUGACAAAGGAUGAGAGAAUUGUGCCAGUAUCAUUGUGGCUGAGGAAACUAGAAACUGAUGCUAGAUGCCUGGCUGUAGCUGAACCUGUAGAACGGAGAGUAGCAAAUAUUGUGAUAGAUGACAGGGGCUACAUUAUAUCUGCUGACACAGAGGCUGGAAUUAUAUUCCAGUAUGAGGAAGAGCAACUUCAAGGGACAGACAUUUCCAGCCUUAUACCAUCUCUCAAAGUGCCUUGCCCCGAAGAGGUCAUGCCAAAGGAUGUAAAGAAGCAGAAAGCCACAGGACGUACCCGAGAAGGAGCAACAUUCCCUGUGUGUAUUCGCAUAUCAGAAGAAGCGAAAGGAGAUGGAGAGGCAGACAGUGGGAUCAGGAAAUGUUAUAAGCUCACUAUAUGGGUGUUCGCAAAUAUGAGUGGCUUGGUUGUAUUGGCAGAAGAUGGGGUAGUGGAGAGCUGUAACCAUCAUUUUACUCACAUGAUGUUCGGGUACCCACAGUCUGAGCUAAUUGGACAGAAAAUAACUAACAUCAUUCCAAAUUUUUGUGAAGAUUUGGAAUAUCCAGGCCCUUUGCAACAUCUGGAUGGUGCGAAAGAUGGUGAUGAUGACAACAGCAACUAUGAUUCUGCUGUUGAGAAUGUGGAUCCAGAUAGAUCAUGCAGUAGCAGUGCAGUUUAUGAAUCAGAUUGUUCCGCUGUCUGUUCUAAAGACUGCAGCAAUAGGGAGAAGUUAGAAUUAACAAAUCUUGCAAGCUGUGAUAAUAUUUUUUCAAUUAAUGAAAACAAAGACAUUAUCAAUGGCAACAGUAGCACUGAUAUGCCAGAAGUCAUAGAUUCUUUAAAUAGGCUUAAUUUGGGACUAGUGAAUAACAUAUGUGGAGAAGCCAGACCAUCCACUGUAACUGUGGAUGACCACAGCAUUUUCCCUGUUAAUGAGUCUAUUUCGGACAUUGGAUCAAAUUUAGUCCUUAAUGAAGUAAUGAGAAAAGAAAAAGUUGUGCCUCCAUGUACCCUGAGUUUACCUGCAAGGGAUCAAAAUGCUGUGACAGAUGCGGAAAACAAUAGUGAUAAUGGAGAGUUAACUCCAAUUGUGUCACCACAUAUGGAUUUCAUGGAGGAAGAAGACAAUUUUCAGACUGCCUCAGAUGAUGAAGAUAGUAUUGAAAUUCUGCCAGCAGUAAUAACUGAAGCAUGCAUUCAUCAGAAAGGAGCUAAUUUGAUUGACUCCUGUCAGGGCGCAUGUAAUACUCCAGCCCACAUAAGUUAUUCAGCAGCAGUACAAAAAUCAGCUAAUAGCUUACAACUUAAUGCAUCAAGUAAUGAAGCUCUCCCCGUCUCGGAGAACAAUUUCAAUGUGAUAAGUAUCGAAAAUGUUUGUAGGUGUAAUGCAGAAGGGGAGAUACAUGCGGAUUUAUCGGGUGUUUCCAGAUCAGUAGGAGGAGAAUCAAAUCUGUGCCAGCAGUGUCCAAAAAUGUUUGACUCAGCAAAUAUUCCUUGUGAUAAUCUGACAUCCACCCCAGCUACUGGAAAGAGGUUUCUGAGAAGAGUUAUCUCAAGAGAUGCUGGCAUCACUCAUACAGAAGUUGUGAAGCAAGUUGAAGGACAACAAUUUCCUGAUGGGAGUUAUUUUGGAUAUGGCAGGCAUAAGGAUGGAUCAAAUUUAGAUAUUGUAUAUCGUGUAAGAGCAGUGGUGCUGGUUUGCGGUCGUCUUGUGUACUGUGUUUGGAUUUCUAGAGAUCCUGAAGAAAUAGGUGAAGGAGGCAGAACUUGUGGCAACCUCACUUUGACAUCAAGCUUCAACAGUACUGUGGACAACUCACUGGGACAGGCAAUCAGGUCAUGCGCCCAAACUAAUAUAUCACAUUCGAGAACACGUUCAGGUUCAGUGUCAGUCCUGAGUCAGUGUGAAGAUGAACAGACGUCAGGUGAAUAUGGUGAACGAUACACAACAUUGCAACAAAUUGGUAAGGGCGCUUAUGGAUAUGUAAAGAUGGCAUUCCGCAAUGAAGAUGGGCUUUUAGUUAUUACAAAAUUCAUACAGAAACAUAAAGUCCAUCAACAGUCAUGGGUUGAAGAUCCUAGCCUGGGAUCAAAAGUUCCACUUGAAAUUAGUUUGCUUACUACAUUAAACCAUCCAAACAUAGUUAAAGUCCUAGACGUCUUUGAAAAUCCAAAAUUUUUCCAGUUGGUUAUGGAAAAACAUGGAGCAGGGAUGGACCUGUUCGAGUUCAUUGACAGAAAACCGUAUCUUGAUGAGACACUGAAUAGUUACAUCUUUAGGCAGAUAGUUUCAGCCGUUGACUACCUUCAUUCUUUACAAAUACUACACCGUGAUAUAAAAGAUGAGAAUAUUAUAAUAAAUGAAAAGUUUCAUGCCAAACUAAUUGAUUUUGGAUCAGCAACAUUCAUGAGUGAAGGACGUUUAUUUUCCACAUUUUAUGGAACAGUGGAAUACUGUAGUCCAGAAGUGCUUGCAGGCAAUAAGUACGAAGGUCCAGAACUGGAAAUGUGGUCUCUUGGUGUAACACUGUAUGUUAUGACAUUUGGUGAAAACCCUUUUUUUGACGUUGAAGAAAUUAUGAAAGCAGAAUUGCACCCACCUUCAUCGGUUUCAGAAGAGCUUAUGGAGCUUCUCCACUGGAUGUUGGAAAAGAAUCCAAGAGAACGUUGUACUGUGAAACAGCUUGUAGAACAUCCAUGGAUCAGUAAGGAAGUUGACAUGACAGGAUACAAUUUUCAAGACAUUGUCUCUUGCUAUCCUCAAGAAGCACAUCCUCCUGUCUAUUAUUCAGAAUACAGAUGUGAUUCCGCAAAUGAUUCAUUGUCAAAUAGGUUUCCAGUCACAGAAUCAUCAUCUGCAUUGUUGUCCAAUCAUGAAGAUGAUUCCAAUGCUGAUGAUAGAACAGUUGGAAGCUCAAACUCACUUGGUAGCCUGACAACUGUUGAAAAUUUUGGAACUGAAGAGGAUGUUAUUACGUCAGUGACAGAAAAUGAAAGGUUAGCAAAAAUUCAGGAGUCCCUUGGCUGUGUACAAAAUAUAACAGAGGUAUCAGUGGAGCGACUUAGCAAAGUAUUACAUACAUUUGAAGAGAAUUUAGUGGACGUCACAAGUAAUAUUGCAGCUGUUGAAGGUGGAAACAAUGUACCUGAAACUGAGCAUGCAGAUGAUGAUGACUGGGACCCAGAUUACUACUAUGAUGAACAAGAUAGUUUUUCUUGAAAGUUGUUGUUUUUAUGGUCCUAUAAUUGAUUACUUAUUUUUUAAUCAUAACAUUAUUUUUAAGGGUUGGAGAGUAUCCUAUGCAUGUUAAAAAGUAGAAAACAAAGAAAGGAAAUUUAUGUACAAUAAAUACUAGACUGAUACACCAGUUUUAUGUACAUUGUGAUGUGAUAUAGUAGGAUUCAUUUCUGAUUCAAGAUGUACAGUUAAAAGUUAUUGCCUCACCAAAGUGAUGUGUAACAACUUGAUUGUGAUCACUUUCUUAAUGUGUUUUUGCAUGAAUAAUGAAAGUACCAUACAACAUCAAGUUGAUUUCUUUAAUAAGUAUUGUAUAUAAUGUACAGUUCUUGUGAGUUUGUUAUGACCUCCAUUUACUACAGAUUAUCUGUAUUGAUGGAUACAUUCUAGUACAAAUAUUUAUGAAUUUUACAAGAGACAUAUCAGAUCCACAAAUGUAUACACUGUUACUGAGUUUUAGUAUUUUUGUAAGCCUUAAUUUGCAUGAGAUGCAUCCAUGUUGAUGUUAAUUUACAUUGUUGAUGAUCUCUCUUUCAGUAUAGCAAUCUAGCAAAAGUGGCCUUUUAUGUCUUUUGGAAGUCUAAAAGAUGACUUGGUGAAAGGUGACUGUUCUUGUCAACCUAUCAAUACAUUUUUUUACAAUUUCUUAAAAAGUAUUUUUAAUUAAAUACCUUGUACAACAAUAACCCUGAUAAUAAUUAUAUAACCUGCAGAUGCAAUAACAGGCAUCAUAUAUGUUGAAAUACAGUGUUUCUCCGUUUAAUGCCUAUUCAAAGAGAAUCAAUUCUGUUGAUUUAUAAAACUUGAAAAUUUUAACCUGUUGAUUGUUGCAAGAGAUGUCAUUUCUGUAUAUUUCUUUCCGUCAGUGAAGUACAUUCCGUUUUUUG